AUGUCAACUAGCCAAAUUGUUCUUAUUCUGGGAGCUGGGCCUCGGUCGCUAUUGCAUCGAGAAAAGGCAGUGGAACUCGGACUGUCGAGGGUUAUUUUUCUCCACGCGGACUUCGCCAAGCCUGGCUCAAUCCCGGAACUCUUUGAUGCGGUCAAGGCUGAAUUCAAUGCUGCCCCCAAUGUCGUGGUCUAUAAUGCAGCAUCGCUCACGCCUCCAGCGGAUAAGGAGUCGGCACUGUCGAUCCCGGCAGACCGUGUUACGUCCGAUCUGAACGUAAACACGGUCAGCCCGUAUGUCGCAGCCCAGCAAGCUAUCAUGGAGUGGAACAUAAUGUCGGACGAGACUAAGAAGUCGUUCAUCUAUACUGGGAACGUCAUGAAUGUCUCAGUUGUGCCCGUGCCCUUGAUGCUGGAUCUGGGCAUGGGCAAGGCUGCUUCAGCAUUCUGGAUUGGUGUUGCUGAUCAAACUUAUUCCGCGCGUGGAUUUCGAUUCUUUUAUGCCGAUGAGCGACAUGAAGACGGAAAGUUCAAGGGGAUGGCUCUCGAUGGAGCCGCGCACGGCGCUUUCUAUCCUCAGUUGGCUAGCCACGAGGGCAAUGUGCCAUGGCAUGCCACGUUCGUGAAGGGCAAAGGAUAUGUCCAGUUCAAGUGA